AUGGCUGUGCAAAAUAGGUUUAACACGCGCUUAAAAAAUCAGGGCACACUGGAAACAACGCAAACGACGACAACACCUGAUAUAGACCAUGAAGGGGAAGAAUCGGAAAAUGAUGAAGAUAAAGACGAUAAAGGUGAAGCCGAUAAAGAUGAGGACGUUGAAGAUGAGGACGAUAAAUAUGAUGCCAAUAAAGAUGAAUUUGUCGAAAGACGUGAACCGGACACUAUAGGUCGAACAAAACGCUGGAUUUUAUCAAGUGGGACCGAUGUGGGACAGAUAAUAAAGAAUAAUGAGAAGAGUGAAGAUAUUGUAGCGGAAAUUGACGAGAUUUCUUUGCGGAAAAUAGAAGCAAAGUACAAGAUUACACUCGGUGAACAAGACAAAGCCUAUUUGAUUGAAAUCAAGAGAGCGGUCUUGACUUAUGCGGAGAACCUGGCCGAUGUUGAUCUGCCGAUUUCGGAGUCUGCUCUUGAUAAUUCAUUGAUUUCUCGACAAGACCGAAUUGAAGAUGGACUCGUGAGGGAUCUGCUCCUGGGCUUUGGAUCAACGACGUAA